CUGGUUACAGAGGCGUUGCUACACCAAAGGGAGGGAAGAUUGUGUCUGUAGCAACGUUGAUUAGCUAAGUAUGUAAGUAAAAUGUAGGGUAACUGGUAUGCAGUUCCUUAAACAAACAUUGAGUAAAUAUAGGAUAACUUGUACGCAACUACUUCAAACUGUGUUUAACACUUAACAAAGAAAAACAGUUCUGAUCAACAACAAUCUAUGAACCAAACCUACAGUUAACUAAAAUGAAUGAAGUUUCUUUCAACCAAAUAAGAAAAUUUCGCCUAUGCAAAUAAGCUCUGCUCAUUGUUAGUAAAGGCCUCCUACAGGAACAAAAACACACAGAUAACAUAAGGACAGGAAGGAUACAUAUGGCUGACAGGGAUCAAAAGACAUCCCUGUCACUAAAGAGAAAGAACCUAGAUAAAAGGAAAGCCAUAAACUUGUAAAUGACAAGGCUUUACUUAAAUUAUUCCAACAUUUCCCUCCUGUUUAUCACAUAUUUGCUCAAUUUUUACAUCACCAAAAACAACCACUUCUCUCGAUUUUCAGUUGUCGGAUCACAAGUAUGCGCACAAAUAUUUCCACCAAAGAGAUAAAUGUUGCGACAUCAUCAUUCGGAAACACAGAUCUGGGAAAAACCCUGUAAACUCAAGUGCAAAAAUUGCAUCAUCAUCAUCGUUAUCAUCAACAUGCUGCCGUUCAGACAUUAGGCAUACCCGGGCCAUCUCGUCUUCCAUGGGCGAUAUUGCUGUAGUGAUGAGACGGUUGAACAGAGCACGGAGACACGGAAUACAACAACAUCCACACAAGAUGAGUAUAGCAGUAAUUGAGGACACAAUGACUUUAUACUUCCCAAAAGCAGUCAUCCACUUGUUGUGCUCUUUCAUCCUCGUGUUGAGGGAUUGCAAGCUUGCAAUCACCUUCGUCAGGCUCCCAUCAGGGGCGGUGUCAUUCUGGAUGAAGGUGCAGCAUUGUUCCCUGAACAUUGCGGUUCUGGAUUGACAUUAGGGAAGGCGUGGCUAGCUGUUUGUGCACUGCCUCAAGUCCCGCUUGUGUCAGUUUGCCCAAUUUCUGCAUGUUGCAAUGGAUGUAAUUUAUCCUGUCAACAUUCUUGUUCAUCGUCCACCAGCAGCAAAUGGAGGACUCCCAUCCCGCUUCAAUUUGGUCAAUUAAUUCUUAUUAAUCAGGAACUCCUCUGGGGACUUUAAUUGCAUCAAUUUCAGUCAGAUCAUCGCCGCCUCUCAAAUUUAUAGAUAUUAUGUUUUUGUUUUUUCCAGCUUUUUCCCAGAUCUUGGCAUGUCGGUACAUAUACAAUUUUGGUUGACUACAUUCUCUAAAAGCAAUGGUUUCUUUUCUUUUUUUUUUCUUCAACGGAUAUUAUAUAGAACACUCUGUCGCACAUUUCACAAUCAGUAGACGUGACAGAUUUCACACAAUCUUUUAUCAAUGGCAACGGUACAACAUUAAAGAUUAAAGUCCCAAUGAUCGUCACACACACACCUCGGUGUGGUGAAAUUUGUCCUCUGCAUUUGACCCAUCCCCGUGUGGUUUUAAUUCAUCCCCUGGGGGAGAGGGGAGCAGUGAACAGCAGCGGUGCCGCGCUCGGGAAUCAGUUGGUGAUCUAACCCCCCAAUUCCGACCCUUAAUGCUGAGUGCCAAGCAGGGAGGCAAUGGGUCCCAUUUUUACAGUCUUUGGUAUGACCCGGCCGGGGUUUGAACCCACAACCUUCCAGUCUCAGGGCGGACACUCUUCCACUAGGCCACUGAGCUGGUCAGUGAACAUAAAGAAUUGGUCGUGAACCCAUACACAUGACAUUCAUUAUUUUUCCUGUCUUUGCAGCUUGUUUUGCCAUUGGCAAUCAAUUGUUUAUUUUACCAGUUACUCUUAUAGUCACCUAAAAUAAACUAUCCACAUUCAUUUUAGAGAUAGUGAUUCCAUCCUUUAACAUCUACAGCAGUCGUUGACAAGGUAUUAUUUCUUUACAUAACGUUUUUGCCACUGUUAAGGCAUUCAGUGUUUAUUUUGAAGCCAAUUCAAUCCAUUUUUAGAAUGCAUCUAUUAUGACCAGGCAUUAUAACUCUGUGGAUUGUGUUUAGCACAUGUUAAACAAGCUCUACAAUUUUUUUUUUUUAUAAACGUUUUGAAUAUGAAUCAAAUUCAUAUGUUGUAUAAAGCUUCCAUCCCCCCUGUUGAGCCAGGUGUCAACGGCACGUGACAACACCAUGGCUCAAUACAGCUGCCCAUUUGUAUCGUUUCCUUUCCUUUCUCAACGUAACAACCCAAUCCACCUAUCAAAUAAAAAAAAUAAAAAAAAUAACUGCUGGUAAAGUAAUAUAAUAGUUAACUGUUGUAGUUUCAUAACUUUAACUAACUCAAUCGCUCUCUUAUUCUCAAAUUUUAAAUUUAGCUUUGAAAUGUCGGUAUUUCAUAAUUGUACAUCAUCCAAUUCCAGAAAGCAAGUUCUUUCCAUCUCUCAAAUUUUGUCUAACCAAGGCUAGGCAUUAAAGGAGCGUGGACCAGUUUCUGCCCAUAAACAAAUUGCUCGCUUUUUUAUUUUUCCUUCCUAUCUUAACAAAAUCGGUUUUGUUUUGCGGUGCAAAUCAGAUAAAUACUAUCCAUCCAUCCAUCCAUUUUCUGUACCGCUUAGUCCCCACUGGGGUCGCGGGCGUGCUGGAGCCUAUCCCAGCCAUCAUCGGGCAGUAGGCGGGGGACACCCUGAACCGGUUGCCAGCCAAUCGCAGGGCACACAGAGACAAACAACCAUUUGCACUCGCACUCACACCUAGGGACAAUUUGGAGUGUUCAAUCGGCCUACCAAGCAUGUUUUUGGGAUGUGGGAGGAAACCGGAGUGCCCGGAGAAAACCCACGCGGGCCCGGGGAGAACAUGAGAUAAAUACUACAGAUAAAUAAAUUCUUUAGUGCACCUAUAUUAGCAAAUUUCAUCCUUUUAACACAUAACACAACACACAGACAACACAAAAAGAGCAGAGACACAGCUCACAAACAAUACCAACAAACUACGCUGCGCAAACGCCAUACUUUUUUUUGACGUUUUGGUUGUACUUUUUCCCUUUUCUUUUCUUUUUUUUUCUUUCCUCAGUGCCUUUUAUCCUUCGUGCAACUAUUGUCACACCUUCCCUAGGCAUCACCCUGCUUCAAUAUUACUUGCUACCACGCCCUCAGCACACCCCUGGAGUGGGUACGACCCCACUCCGCGCGCAGCCACAGCAAGGGAAGCAAGAGGGGGGGGCCCGGCAUUUUCAUACUGAUUUAUCCCAGCCUGGCCAGUACUGGGCCAAUCAAUGCCGUCGUCCCCCACUUGCGCCAACCCAGCAAACAGCUACCCGCAGAGUCCAGAGCCCCACACCUACAUCAGUCUCCCCCACAAUCAAAUUACAAUAUCAAUCACCACAGGAGCCGGCUCCUACACCCUUUUCACACCACAAUACCACACUACCCCCUCCACAGUCCAGUCUAAGUGGAGACCAUGGAAGGCAGGUAGGCACAGGUGAGACACCGAAGGAGCAAGCUCCAGCAGUCCUCCCACUAACCAAUUACAACAAACAACAAAAGCACAAAUCACUUAUGUAUUUUUGGGAGGAUCACAACAGCCAGACGUUACAAAUGACAAACCACAAGAGUCUUGUGACAAGACGCAGGUCGUGGAACCACAUCAACGACCGCCAAACGCAAAUGCCGGGUCAAGGACUGUUCUUCGUCUGUUGUUUGCAACUCUCGUCAAAAGCAACCGUUAUUUUUCUUUUGUUUGUAUUUGUUUCUUUUUUUUUCCUUUCUAGCAUCUAACUUACUCAAAAUCAUUCUUCCUUCAAAGUCGCUCAACUACUUGUCCAUAGCAGUCUCCAACAACUUCAACCAUUCAACCUGUAUUUUCCCUUCAGUCGGGCAUUCAGUCAUCAAUACUCAUUUGCAUCUCACACAGCCUCCAAAAAGGAGUCUUUCUAUCACAUUGGUCCCAAUUCAUCCAAGCUCUCCACCCAACAUUCAUAUACCAUUUUCAACUCAAGGUUCCUGAUAGAAGAAUCCACCAAUCCAAAAAACUCCACACAAAAAAAACUGCUUGCAAAUUAAUCAGAAUUUUCUCCUUGAUUUCAAAUUCAAAGAACUCAAUCUCUCAGAUUCAGCUUGCAUAUAGAAGUCUGUAUAAUCUUACAACACAACCAAUCAAUAAUUUCCAUUAAAUGUAGCAUACAAUGUCUCUGUAUUAGCAUGAGCGGUCAAAAAGGGUGGGGAAGCUUGACAUGUUGAAAAUUUGGCUUUUCCUCUGCCUCUUCCUCCACCCUUUGAUUGGUAUUGUUUUACACGACGACACACUCUCGCCAAGUGGCCCCGUCUCCCACAGUUCCAACAGUCCAAAUUUGAGCUGGAGUUUGAAUUGAAUGGCGGCCUGCGGCGUUGUUGGUCUCUGACUUCCUCUGCCCUUUUGGGAACUUCGGAAGAAGACCGUUGUAGCUUCAUCUAUAUCAUUACCAUCAUCUAGAUGAAAUACAUCAGAACAUUUGCCUUUCUCAAUCGUCACAACGCAAGCAGUGCCUGCUUCCACCAAGUGUUUCCUCACCCAGUUGCCUAAGUCGGGGGGUGAAACAGUGAGGAGCACAUUUCUAAGAUGUUGCUGAUAAGCACUCUCAGCUGCAUCAUCGAAUGGGAUGCCACUGUGCACCCAGAAUUCUUUUCCAAAUCUUAAUUGAAUGGUGGUCUUAUCACUUUUAAUCUUUCCAUUUUUUGUCUCUUGAAUUUGUUCUCUUCUCUCUUGUGAAGCUUUCAACCACAUUCUAGCACAAUUCAACUCUCUCUCUUUCCUUUUCUUUUUCUGUCCCUUUGUCAUCCUAUCUACACUCUCCUCCAAAAUAUCAACCACUAUCUUCCACACUUCAACUUUCAACUUCCCUUCUACUCCAUACUUUUUCUUCCACUUCGGCAUGUAUUGCAUACAAUUAAGACAUUUACUCGCCAUGAACUUCUCAUCCUCUUCAAGAGCUAGAGAUCUACCGUUCCUAUUUCCCAUCUUAAUUUGGUAUUUUAGGUUUGUUAGAUAAAUUGUAUAUAUAUGUUAUCAUGCGUUCCCUAAUGAGUACUUAUUAAUAAGUUAUUGCGCAGAAUGCUUGCUGUUUCGCCUUGCAGACGUCCACCAGUCCACAACAAGUCAUACGAUGCUGUCUGGGGCUUCCUGACCUUCUACACCUCUGGGAAUCCAAGAAAGUUGCUGAUAGCUCAAUCUACUCUGUUGAUGUCUGCACAUGGCAUUCUGUCCUUGCACUCCUUUCCCAUGGCGUCCUGUCUGUAACUACUUGUUUCACAUAGAAUACUUGUUUAUGUCCUUGCGCUCCUUUAUUUUCUCAUGAGACUAGGCCAUGCUUUCCCCCCCACCUGUUAGGGGCUGGUCUCACAUUGUAGGUAGGGCAUCCCGAAAUAAAAAGAGCGAGGGGUGUGACAGAUCUUUAGUGUUUUCUGGACUGCUGUAAGUCUGGUUGCACUCCUCGCGAGAAAAGACUCAACAUUCUGCCUCACUGGUUUUGUCUGCUGAUCCUUUUGCUGAUUUUGAACCUGACAGAUUUUUGGGGGCUCGUCCGGGAUCUCAAUAGACCUACUUCGGGUUCCGGCUGACUUUUCGACGCAGGACAAGUCCUUGGCCAAGGCAUAGAAAGGAAACCCUUUUCACGGGGCUGUCUCGAUCAGUCAGCUGGACGCCGGAGUGGUUGACGAGAUCGUCCGAGGGAAAGGCCCAGCGGACUGUGAGUAUGAAUGUUGAUUCUGUUGAAAGGAAUGGAAGUGUAGUGGCAAGAGGUCACUUGAAACCUUGACAAUUCUAGACCCUAUCAAGUGCAUAUUUAGAGACAGUUAAAUUCUGUAUGGGAUGCUGGAGUCCCCUGACGUAAACGUCAGUUAAAUUCCACAGGAGGGCAGACUCCUCUGUUUUCUAAAGAAAUAAAGAAGUACAGGUAGUUGGAGCAGUUAAAUCCCGCUGAGGUGUGGUGGGGCCUCCUCACUAACCUUCCUACUGUGUUAGUUUUCUGCUGCCAUCUGUGGUGGGUUUUCCUUAUCCCUUGUUUAGCUGGUUUGGCUUCUUUCUCCGUGAAAAGAUAGGUUUUAUAUUUACUUUGGGAAAAAGGUAAAGAUAAGUUUUCCUUACACAAUAGGAAGGUUAAAGAGUUGUUAAAAUCCACUGGAGGGCGGGCUCCCCUGCUUGCCUGUGAGACGAUAGGAAUGCGCAUUGUGUGUGUGUGUGCGUGUGUAUGGUUUGACUGAGAGUGACCUCAUUUGAGCUCUGAUUUGAGGUUUGAGUCCUCUGUAUAAACACGCAGGAGUGUAAACAGUGGCUUUGUGUGGACGAAAGCAAGGAUUCUCCGUUUCCUCCGGAGACCCACCACACAUCGAACAUUUAUCCACUGUCCUGUGAACUAAAUUGGCUUUAGGACACUGCGGGUGCCAUUCAAAUUGCCAAAUCCGUAAACUAAACAAAUAAAUCAUGGGGACAGCAAAUAGCAAGCAAAAGCCGCUGCCCCGACAUGAAUUGAAAUGCAAAGAUUGGACAUUGAUGGAAGAAGUUGACCCCGAAAAUGUAAAAUAUCUUGACAAAUGGAUAACCGAUUACAAAUUUGACGGUCAGCUGAAAACAAAUUCGUUGAAUAACCUAAAGCAAUCGAUUGAUGCUAGAUGUGGUGUAAAGAGGAAUAACGUCGGAUAUCAUCUAAUAGUAAAAUGGGAAUUGGAGGCUGAGAAGAGAAAAUGUGGGCAGAUAAGAGAAAGACUGAGAGAUAAGGAAGACGGAGGAAAGAUAAAAAAGAACUUGUUGUUGCACAGGCAGGAGGAUGAUGAGACAGUGUCAGCGCGGGCUCGCUUGAAGGCCAAAGCUGACGAUGCGAUGAAUGAGGAUGAAAAAAAAAUGAUCAAUCUAUAAAGACGGAGAUUGCAGCACGCCAAAGUGAACCAAUUUUCCCGUCUCUGUACCCCAAAUUACCAAGCACAAAUCAUCCUCCUGAGUAUGGUGCUUCUGCUCGUGGUGUGUUGACGCGGAGCCGUGCUCGUGGUGUGUUGACGCGGGGCCGUGCUAAGUUGGUUCCUUCGGCUGACGCAGACGCAUACCCGAUGAUUGAAGUGGCAAAUCCUCAUGAUGAGGGAGGACCCACAAUUUUAGUAUACAGAACAUGGACCCACGCUGAUAUAAAAUCAGCAAUUGAGGGUAUAGCGUUGCCCACUGAAGAUGUUGAUCAAUAUUGUACCGACAUGAGACAACUCAUUGCUUCAUACAAUUUGAGAGGCGAUGAAGUACAACAGGUUUUUAUGGCAUCUUUAACCAAACAUUGGGCAAGCGUUAAAGGCACCUGGGAUCCCUUUGAUUCCCGGGGCCGUCCAUUGGAAUGUAACGGGGUGCCAUUACAAAGAGAAAUUGACCAACUAUUGGGCAGGAUCAAAAUAAAAUUUGAACGUAGAGCAAAUUACACAGACAUUGGCCGAACCAAACAAAAAGAAGAUGAGUUGUUUGAAGACUUUAGGCACAGACUCGAGAGAGUGUUCAAGGCCAAUAGUGGCUUGGAGCAUGGAUCUGAUGUUUAUGACCAACAACUCAAAAACGCUCUACAUGCAAAUUCGCGACCAGCAAUCCAGAGCUGGAUCACUAAACAUAUGAUCACUUUCCCGACAUCUACCUUGCCACAGUUCAUUGAUCAUGCUAUACACGCCGAAAAAGUUGUCAAUGCAAAAAAAAGCAAAAGAGAAGGGGAAAAUGGGCACCGUGUUUUUUGUUAAAGGAUCAUCACUAUUAAUUUGCUAGGUAGAGACGCUCUCACUGCCCUUGGGCUUUCCCUUGUGUCUCUUAAUGGUCAAAUUGCUGUCAAAAGGCGACACCAGUUACAGAUAUUUGGCCAAUUUCACUGCUACUAUUUUUAUUCAUUGGAUUUGGCUGACGCAGAAGUGAUGGAAUUUGGUUCCCCUCUUUUGGCCCGUGUGGCCACCCUUUUGCGCUGCCCUGAACAAGCAAUGGAAGCCAAUCAACUACACAUAACUAUGUGGCAUAAAGACACACCGGGUCCUGAUCACAACUACGAGAACAUGCUUGAGGCUGCUACACCUGCCACCUUGACAACUUCUUUCCUUCUGCACGAUGGUGAGAGCCGUGCUUGUGUAGUCAUACAAGCGGCUCCCCCUGCUGUGCAGAAGUUACACGUGUCUCCCACUCCGCUCCACAUCUCUCUCUACAGGCCUCACACCGCAGCCUGGCAGAGUUUAGGAUUUAUGGCUGGUGAUGCCUUGGCAGCUUCUGACUGGACUCAGGUUAAUCCUGACUCCUUUUACAGUCCUUCCACCAAGCUCUUCAAACAAAAUAUGACUAAAGCCUUGUCAUUCAUUAGUGGAAUCCACGCUGAUCCUGGUGUUGAGCAAACACCCUCAUCUUGAGAUUAUGUGUUGACGUCCGAUGACGAGCACAUCCUCGCUGAGGUCCCAAGUCAUCUUUGGUCUGCGGGUCCUUCUGACGUUGGUUUAGUGAAAGGUGCGCUUCCUGUUGUCAUAAGACCUAAAACUGAAUACCGCCCUUGUGUGAGGCAGUAUCCUUUAAAACCUGAUGCCUUACAGGGUAUAGCACCUGUUAUUUCUGAUUUAUUAAAAGCAGGUGUCAUCGUUCCUUGCCCGGAUUCUCCUUGCAAUACCCCAAUUUUCCCUGUAAAGAAGGCACCCCCUUCUGUGGGGUGGAGAAUGGUGCAAGACUUGCAAGCUGUAAACAAUGCUGUUAUUCAGAGAGCACCUUGUGUCCCUGACCCGCAUACUUUGUUGAAUUCAUUGACACCUGAUGCGAAAAUCUUCACAGUGAUUGACAUUAGCAAUGCUUUUUUCUCUGUCCCUAUUGCAAAAGAGAGUCAGUUUUGGUUUGCGUUUACAUAUGCUGGCUCAAGGUACACCUUUUCAAGGUUACCACAAGGGUACUGUGAAAGCCCGACAAUUUACUCCCAGGUGAUGGCAGCCAGCAUGGCUAAAUUUGUCCCGCCAAUGGGAAGUCAGAUCUUGCUUUAUGUUGAUGACAUUUUGAUAGCAUCUCCUGAUUUUGCCUCUUGCCAAAAAGACACGCUUGCAGUGCUGCAUCACUUGGCAAGUGAAGGCCACAAGGUCAGCAAGAACAAGCUUCAACUGUGGUCUGCUGAAAUUAAGUAUCUAGGCCACAAUCUAAGUUCCCAAGGUCGAUCCAUAAUUGAAAGCAGAAAAGCCUCUAUUUUACAAGCUCCUAAGCCACUAACAAAGAAGCAAAUGAUGUCUUUUUUGGGUCUCACAGGUUAUUGUAGAAACUGGAUACUUGAUUAUGCCCAAAUUGUUGCUCCUCUGUCCAAAUUGAUGUAUGUGGAAGACAUCUCAAUGUCCGCUCACUUAAAAUGGACUCCUGAAGCCGAGGAUGCUUUUGUUUUGAUCAAACAGGCUUUGGUCUCCAGCUCCACUCUAGCCUUACCCAACUAUGAUAAGGUGUUUGUCCAGACUGUUGACUGCAAAGGUCAUUACAUGACCUCUGUUUUGCUCCAAUCACAUGGCUCAAAAUUGCGUCCUAUUGCUUUUUAUUCCUCUAAACUGGACAGUGUUGCAUGUGCUCUCCCACCAUGCGUGAGGGCCGUGGUGGCAGCCUCCAUGGCUGUGGAGAGCAGUGCUGGUGUUGUGUUAUUUCAUCCUUUAACACUGAAAGUUCCUCAUGCUGUCUCGGCUCUUCUGCUACAGACUAAUAUGACCUUUCUGUCGCCUGCGCGUCAUCUUUCUUGCAUGGCUACGUUGCUGUCUCAGCCGCAUCUGACCGUUGAAAGAUGCACGACACUCAAUCCUGCCACUCUCAUUCCCCUUCCUGACGAUGGCGAAUUCCAUGAUUGUGUCGAUGCUGCCCAACAGAUUGCAAAGGCUCGGCCUGAUUUGGAAGAUACGCCUCUGCCAGAUGGUCAUGUGGUUUUUGUUGAUGGGUCUUCUAAGAAGAAUGAGUCUGGUGUGACCCUUACUGGGUAUGCCAUUGUUACUGCCGACGUGGUUUUGGAGGCUGCUAAACUGCCAUCCAAUAUGUCGGCACAGGCCGCUGAGCUCAUUGCUUUGACUGGGGCCUGCAAAUUGUUUGCAAACAAGUCCGUCACUAUCUGGACUGAUAGUCAGUAUGCUUUUGCUACAGUGCAUGUUUUUGCUCAGCAGUGGAGCAACCGUGGCAUGAUAACUUCUACAGGGAAGCCCGUCUCCCAUUCCGCUAUACUAACUCAACUUUUGGAUGCUGUCCAGCUGCCUUUGAAGGUAGCGGUUUGCAAGUGUGCUGCUCACACUGCGGGCUCUGAUCCUGUUUCUCUCGGUAAUGCUUUUGCUGACAAAUCCGCUAAGGCCGCUGCGGAAGGCCUGCUUCAUGUCCUCUCGUCUCUCACGGCUCAUGAUUCAAUGUCACACAUCUCCCCUGAUGUGUUGCUUGACAUGCAGUCUCAGAGCCCCUCCCAGGAACGACUCUCUUGGGAAAAGCGGGGUGCAACUAAAAACACCGAUGGUCUUUUUGUGUGACCUUUGGGCAAACCUGUCUUGCCUCGUAGCUUGUUCAAAUGGGCUGCUAUUUCAAGUCACGGGGUCACCCAUGUCUCGGCGGGAGGUAUGGUGAAACAAGUCGAGGCUAUUUAUACAACAUACGGCUUUGCCGCUUUUUCACAACGAUUUUGCAGAGCGUGUUUGAUCUGUGCUAAACAUAACCCACAAGGCAAUUUAAGACCUCAGAGAGGGAAAUUCCCGACUCCAUUGUGCCCGUUUCAGACAAUACAUAUGGAUUAUAUCCAAUUACAUAAAUGUGAAGGGAAAGAAUAUUGAUUGGUCAUAAUAGACGCAUUUUCUAAAUGGGUAGAAAUAUUUCCUACCAAACAUGCAGAUGCACUCACAGUGGCAAAAGCCUUAUGCAAAGACAUCAUUCCAAGGUACGGUAUUCCAGAAACAAUUUAUAGCGACAAUGGUCCACAUUUUGUAAAUCAAAUAGUGCAUAACAUUGGGAGAAUGUUCCACAUAGAUGUAAAGAACCAUUGUUCAUACAGACCGCAAUCCGCUGGCCUGGUUGAGAGAGCGAACCAGUCUAUAAAAAACAGAUUAAAGAAAUGUAUGGAAGAAACAAAACGACCGUGGACUCAGUGUUUAGACCUGGUUAAAAUGUACAUAAAUAUUACAAGUACAACAGGGCUAACUCCUUAUGAAACUAUGUUUGGGAGACCUUACAGGCUUCCUCAGUUCAAAAACACAUGGGAGAUCCCCGAGGAAGCCACGUUAGCUGAUUACAUGAGAAAAAUGUUGGAACGUCAAAAGAAUCUAACCAAUAACACUGAUGAUGAACCCAUUUCUCUGCAGGAAGACCCCAAAGUGGUACCGGGAGACUGGGUUUUGAUCAGGAGUAUCAAGAGGAAGAAUUGGCAUUCACCCAAGUGGGAAGGUCCCUUUUUGGUACUACUCACGACACCUAAUGCUUUAAAAAUAGCCGAACGCAACACGUGGAUUCAUUUAACUCAUUGUAAAAAAGUGAUCUCCGCAGACCCAACCUAAGUACGGAAGGUGAGCAAAGUCUGGUAAUAGUGCCUGAUCCUGGUGUCAAGAUCCAGGGUUGACACGAAAGCUAGCAGAAGAAUUCCAAGACACCAACCCGAAGCUCAGGGUGUUGACUCUGGGGAGAUCCAAAACAUGAGCAUCAGAGAGUCAUUUGGUGAGUGCUUUAAUCGGGCUGUAGCCUGCGCGAAGUCUACCAUGUGCUUUUGGUUGUUUUUGCUGGUUUGUGUUACCAUUAUAUUUUUUCCGGGGGUUACUUUAUCUGGAGGGAUAGAGUACCAUGAGCCUCGCACAUUAUUCUCUCAGGCGACUGCUAACGCUAAUUCUAGUCGAUGUGGCUCAUGGGGAGAACUUGCUAGACAUAAGCGCGACACUAAAUCCCCUUUUGGUCAUGUUGUUUGUGUUCCAGGAGCCGUCCGUGUUCCAACCUGUGUACCAUGGCUUUUGUCUUGGGCUUAUAAUAACUCAUUAAUGUUUACUGUGGCUCCUAACACAUCUUCUUCUAUUAUUUUACCUUUGAAAAGUUUGAAAGGGUUUCGUAAUGGUCGCCCCACUACUGGAGAUAGAUGGCUCGGGUAUUGGUGGUAUUUAACUGGCCACCCGGUUAACACCGGCUGGGGCACCCUUGUCACCACGCAAAUGCGAGGGUAUUGGCCCUCUGGUUCCAGUGACGAGGCUGUGUUCUUUGCUAAACGAGUGACUUUGAUAAAUCGGGGCCCCUUUUUUGCCCAUUGCUCGUUGUGAUAUUUGGUUUUGGUGUAAUAGUAACAAACUUUAUGAUAGGUUGCCUUUCAACAGCGCUGGAAUUUGCGCUUUGGUAACCCUAUUGCUACCUGUUUAUUUGAUACCGAUGUCCUCUUAUGAUCUAACGUCUUUUGCUAAGUCCGUAGUGCCCAAAUUCUGGCCGAGAACGAAACGAGACGCCGAAUGGCGGGGCACAGCUAAUCCAACCUACAUCGACGCCAUUGGUGUUCCUAGGGGAGUGCCGGAUGAGUAUAAGCUGGUGAAUCAGAUAGCAGCUGGUUUUGAAUCCGCCCUGUGUUGGUGGUGUACUCUUAACAAAAAUGUUGACAGGAUUAACUACGUCCAUUACAACGUGCAGAGGCUUGGAAACUGGACCGAGGCGGGUUUCAAGGCGGUCCACUCCCAACUGGCCGCUACUUCCCUCAUGGCUUUCCAGAAUCGAAUGGCCCUUGACAUGCUACUCUCAAGAGAGGGCGGUGUCUGCGCCAUGUUCGCUGAGACUUUCCCGUUGCUCCUAAGGGAUGACCUUUCGGUCGACGGGGGUUCCUUCUCUAUUGACGGCCCGGUCAGCGAAUCUGUUGUGGUAAACUUGUCCGAUUUGUUUUCUGACCCGGGCUUUGCCGAUUGUGACUCAGUUUCCUCCCGUGUGUAAGUUGGUUCCUGCGAAUUGUGAUCCCUGUGGCUGAAAAUCUUUUUGAAGUGGCCAUAUGGGUGAUGGGUUGGUCUCCGGGAACUUAUGAUAAACAGGGGGGAAUUGUUAGAUAAAUUGUAUAUAUAUGUUAUCAUGCGUUCCCUAAUGAGUACUUAUUAAUAAGUUAUUGCGCAGAAUGCUUGCUGUUUCGCCUUGCAGACGUCCACCAGUCCACAACAAGUCAUACGAUGCUGUCUGGGGCUUCCUGACCUUCUACACCUCUGGGAAUCCAAGAAAGUUGCUGAUAGCUCAAUCUACUCUGUUGAUGUCUGCACAUGGCAUUCUGUCCUUGCACUCCUUUCCCAUGGCGUCCUGUCUGUAACUACUUGUUUCACAUAGAAUACUUGUUUAUGUCCUUGCGCUCCUUUAUUUUCUCAUGAGACUAGGCCAUGCUUUCCCCCCCACCUGUUAGGGGCUGGUCUCACAUUGUAGGUAGGGCAUCCCGAAAUAAAAAGAGCGAGGGGUGUGACAGAUCUUUAGUGUUUUCUGGACUGCUGUAAGUCUGGUUGCACUCCUCGCGAGAAAAGACUCAA